AGAGCGGCGCGCUGCUGCCGCCGACCAACCAGAGCAGCUUCCAGCAGAGCGGGACAGAGAGGCGCACUUUUUGAACGCGCCUUCCUCCAAUGAGCAGCGCACCUUCAGCCGGGAGCCGACUCCUCUGGGCGGCGCUGAGCUCCAGGAGGAGCCGCUGACCAACCAGGACCCGGAGCUCUGCGCCAGCGUCACCGCUUGACGCCCAGAGCCGCAGUUUAAGAGGAGCGGAGCCUCGUGUGGCUGUGACAUUUUCUCCUGAUCAGAGAAGCAGCGCCAUGGCCAGAACCAAGCAGACCGCCCGUAAAUCCACCGGAGGCAAAGCCCCCAGGAAGCAGCUGGCCACCAAGGCGGCCAGGAAGAGCGCCCCGGCCACCGGCGGCGUGAAGAAGCCUCACCGCUACAGGCCCGGUACCGUGGCUCUCAGAGAGAUCCGCCGCUACCAGAAGUCCACGGAGCUGCUGAUCCGCAAGCUGCCCUUCCAGCGGCUGGUCCGGGAGAUCGCUCAGGACUUCAAGACCGACCUGCGCUUCCAGAGCUCUGCCGUCAUGGCUCUGCAGGAGGCCAGCGAGGCUUACCUGGUGGGUCUGUUCGAGGACACCAACCUGUGCGCCAUCCACGCCAAGAGGGUCACCAUCAUGCCCAAAGACAUCCAGCUGGCCCGCCGCAUCCGCGGAGAGAGAGCUUAGACUGCUGCUCCUCCAGCCCACACACAACAACAACAACAACAAAGGCUCUUUUAAGAGCCAACAAAGCCUCCACUACAGAGC